CCAGGGGAGCAGAGCUCUGCCUUCCUUCCAAGACUUCUGUGCCUUGAUUUGCAAAUUCACGCUUGAGGCAGUGUGGGAAGCUGGUGGUGUUUUGAGUAGGGGUUUGAAGCAGAGUCAAGCCGUUGCCCAAGCCAUAGAAGGAGCAAUGAGCCUCUCAUUCUGUGGGGACAACAUUUCUUCAUAUAACAUCUACGAAGGUGUGUUACAAAACCCUUGCUUUGUGGAUGCCCUCAACUUGGUCCCUCAUGUCUUCCUGCUGUUUAUCACCUUUCCAAUAUUAUUUAUAGGCUGGGGCAGUCAGAGCUCCAAAGUACAGAUUCAUCACAACACAUGGCUUCAUUUUCCGGGGCACAACCUGAGAUGGAUUCUGACAUUUGCUCUCCUGUUUGUGCAUGUCUGUGAAAUAGCAGAAGGCAUUGUUUCCGACUCGCGCCGAGAGUCUCGCCACCUCCACCUCUUCAUGCCAGCUGUCAUGGGCUUCGUGGCCACCACGACGUCCAUCGUGUACUACCACAACAUCGAGACAUCCAACUUCCCCAAGCUGCUCCUAGCCCUCUUCCUUUAUUGGGUGAUGGCCUUUAUCACCAAAACCAUAAAGCUGGUCAAGUACUGGCAGUCGGGCUGGGACAUAUCCAACCUGCGUUUCUGCAUCACGGGCAUAAUGGUGAUUUUGAACGGACUGCUGAUGGCUGUGGAGAUCAACGUCAUCCGGGUCAGGAGAUAUGUGUUCUUCACGACUCCUCAGAAAGUCAAGCCCCCCGAAGACCUCCAGGACCUGGGUGUGCGUUUUCUGCAGCCAUUUGUGAAUCUCUUGUCCAAAGCCACCUACUGGUGGAUGAACACGCUGAUUAUCUCAGCUCACAAAAAGCCCAUCGAUCUGAAGGCCAUCGGAAAGCUACCGAUAGCCAUGAGGGCAGUGACGAACUACGUUUGCCUGAAAGAGGCCUAUGAAGAGCAAAAGAAGAAAGUAGCGGAUCACCCCAACCUGACUCCAUCUAUCUGGCUGGCGAUGUACAGGGCCUUUGGACGACCAAUUCUCCUUAGCAGCACUUUCCGUUAUCUUGCGGAUUUACUGGGUUUUGCAGGACCACUCUGCAUUUCUGGUAUAGUUCAGCGCGUGAAUGAGACUCAGAACAGGACAAAUAACACAAUGGGAAUUUCAGAAACCCUUUCAUCAAAGGAAUUCCUUGAAAAUGCCUAUGUCCUAGCAGUUCUUCUCUUCUUGGCCCUUAUUCUGCAAAGGACAUUUCUUCAGGCAUCCUACUAUGUGACCAUAGAGACUGGCAUUAACCUCCGUGGGGCACUGCUGGCCAUGAUAUACAACAAAAUCCUCAGACUAUCGACAUCCAAUUUAUCCAUGGGGGAGAUGACACUGGGACAGAUCAAUAACUUGGUGGCCAUUGAGACCAACCAGCUUAUGUGGUUCUUGUUCCUGUGUCCCAAUCUGUGGGCCAUGCCUGUGCAGAUCAUCAUGGGUGUGAUCCUGCUCUACAAUUUGCUGGGGUCCAGUGCCCUGGUUGGGGCGGCAGUCAUUGUCCUCUUGGCUCCCAUUCAGUACUUCAUCGCCACGAAGUUGGCAGAAGCUCAGAAGAGCACUCUUGACUAUUCCACUGAGAGACUGAAGAAAACAAAUGAGAUACUGAAAGGCAUCAAGCUGCUCAAAUUGUAUGCCUGGGAGCACAUCUUCUGCAAAAGUGUGGAAGAAACCAGAAUGAAGGAACUAUCCAGCCUCAAAACCUUCGCCCUUUAUACCUCCCUUUCCAUCUUCAUGAAUGCGGCAAUCCCCAUAGCAGCUGUUCUUGCUACGUUUGUGACACACGCGUACGCCAGCGGAAACAAUCUGAAGCCUGCAGAGGCCUUUGCCUCACUGUCUCUCUUUCACAUCCUGGUCACCCCGCUCUUCCUGCUGUCCACCGUGGUCAGGUUUGCGGUCAAAGCCAUCAUCAGUGUCCAAAAGCUAAAUGAAUUUCUCCUGAGUGAUGAAAUUGGUGACGACAGUUGGAGAACUGGAGAAGGGGCCCUGCCCUUCGAGUCCUGUAAGAAGCACACAGGAGUUCAGCCGAAAACCAUCAACAGGAAGCACCCCGGGAGGUACCAGCUGGACAGCUACGAGCCCGCCAUGCGGCGCCUGCGACCAUCUGAGACAGAGGAUAUUGCCAUCAAGGUUACAAACGGCUACUUUUCUUGGGGGAGUGGUAUAGCUACAUUAUCCAAUAUAGAUAUCCGAAUCCCAACAGGCCAGUUAACCAUGAUUGUAGGCCAGGUGGGCUGUGGGAAGUCCUCUCUCCUUCUGGCCAUCCUUGGCGAAAUGCAGGCGCUGGGAGGGAAAGUUCACUGGAGCACUGUAAAUGAAUCUGAACCUUCUUUUGAAGCAACCAGAAGUAGGAACAGAUAUUCUGUGGCUUAUGCAGCUCAAAAGCCGUGGCUCCUCAAUGCAACAGUAGAAGAAAACAUCACCUUCGGAAGUCCUUUCAACAAACAGAGGUACAAAGCUGUCACAGAUGCCUGCUCUCUUCAGCCAGAUAUUGAUUUACUACCAUUUGGAGACCAAACCGAAAUCGGAGAGAGGGGCAUCAACCUAAGCGGGGGUCAGAGACAGAGAAUCUGUGUGGCACGAGCCCUGUACCAAAACACCAACAUUGUCUUCCUGGAUGACCCAUUCUCCGCCCUGGACAUUCACUUGAGCGAUCACUUAAUGCAGGAAGGGAUCUUGAAGUUUCUCCAAGAUGACAAGAGGACACUAGUUCUGGUGACCCACAAGUUGCAGUAUCUAACACAUGCAGACUGGAUCAUAGCCAUGAAAGACGGAAGCGUGCUGAGAGAAGGGACUUUAAAGGACAUUCAAACCAAAGAUGUUGAACUUUAUGAGCACUGGAAAACACUGAUGAAUCGGCAGGACCAAGAAUUAGAAAAGGAUAUGGAAGCUGACCAAACCACAUUAGAGAGGAAAACGCUCCGGAGGGCCAUGUAUUCGAGAGAAGCUAAAGCCCAACUGGAGGAUGAAGAUGAAGAGGAAGAGGAGGAGGAAGAUGAAGAUGACAACAUGUCCACCGUGAUGAGGCUCAGGACCAAAAUGCCAUGGAAAACUUGCUGGCGGUACCUCACUUCCGGAGGCUUCUUCCUGCUCUUCCUGAUGAUUUUCUCUAAGCUCGUGAAGCACUCAGUGAUUGUAGCCAUUGACUACUGGCUGGCCACGUGGACCUCGGAAUACAACAUCAACAACACCGGGAAAGCCGACCAGACCUACUAUGUGGCUGGAUUCAGCAUACUUUGUGGGGCAGGCAUUUUCCUCUGUCUUGUCACAUCUCUUACUGUGGAAUGGAUGGGUCUCACAGCUGCCAAAAAUCUUCACCACAACCUCCUCAAUAAGAUCAUUCUUGGGCCAAUAAGAUUCUUCGACACCACACCCUUAGGACUAAUUCUCAAUCGUUUCUCAGCAGAUACAAAUAUCAUUGAUCAGCACAUCCCGCCCACUCUGGAGUCUCUGACCCGCUCCACGUUGCUCUGCCUGUCAGCAAUCGGCAUGAUUUCUUAUGCAACACCCGUGUUCCUAGUGGCUCUUGUGCCCCUUGGGGUGGCCUUUUACUUUAUCCAGAAAUACUUCCGAGUGGCCUCGAAGGACCUGCAGGAACUCGAUGACAGCACCCAGCUCCCGCUGCUUUGCCACUUCUCAGAGACAGCCGAAGGCCUCACCACCAUCCGGGCAUUCAGGCAUGAAACCAGGUUUAAGCAAAGCAUGCUGGAACUGACGGACACAAACAACAUUGCCUACUUAUUUCUCUCAGCUGCCAACAGAUGGCUGGAGGUCAGAACGGACUACCUGGGAGCAUGCAUCGUCCUCACUGCCUCUAUUGCAUCCAUCAGUGGCUCGUCUAACUCCGGCCUGGUGGGCUUAGGUCUUCUGUAUGCGCUCACGAUAACCAAUUACUUGAACUGGGUGGUGAGGAACUUGGCUGACCUGGAGGUCCAGAUGGGGGCCGUGAAGAAAGUGAAUAGUUUCCUGACGAUGGAAUCUGAGAACUAUGAAGGCACUAUGGAUCCUUCUCAAGUCCCUGAGCACUGGCCACAGGAAGGGGAGAUCAAGAUUCAUGAUCUCUGUGUCAGAUAUGAAAACAAUCUAAAACCAGUUCUUAAACAUGUCAAGGCUUACAUCAAACCUGGCCAAAAGGUGGGCAUAUGUGGCCGAACAGGCAGUGGGAAGUCGUCGCUGUCCCUGGCUUUCUUCAGGAUGGUUGACAUUUUUGACGGACGUAUAGUCAUUGACGGGAUCGACAUUUCCAAGCUCCCACUACACACUCUGCGCUCCCGCCUCUCCAUCAUCCUGCAGGACCCCAUCCUGUUCAGCGGCUCCAUCAGAUUUAACUUAGAUCCAGAGUGCAAGUGCACGGACGACAGGCUCUGGGAAGCUCUAGAAAUUGCUCAGCUGAAGAAUAUGGUCAAAUCCCUACCAGGAGGUCUAGAUGCGGUCGUCACAGAAGGUGGGGAGAACUUCAGCGUUGGGCAGAGACAGCUGUUUUGCCUGGCCCGGGCCUUUGUCCGCAAGAGCAGCAUCCUCAUCAUGGACGAAGCCACGGCUUCCAUCGACAUGGCCACGGAAAACAUUUUGCAGAAAGUGGUAAUGACUGCUUUUGCAGACCGCACCGUGGUGACAAUAGCUCACCGAGUGCACACGAUUCUGACAGCAGACCUGGUCAUUGUGAUGAAGCGAGGAAACAUUUUGGAAUAUGAUACCCCGGAAAGCCUGCUGGCUCAGGAAGAUGGAGUAUUUGCAUCUUUUGUUCGUGCAGACAUGUGAGGGGGUCCCCGGCAAAGAUGUGUGUUCAGAAUAAUGCAGUUUCUAGUUGACCGAUUGGAUCACCAGCCCGGUCUUUGUAAAAUGACAUCUUAAGCAUUUAUACGUUUCUUAUGUGCACCAUUGUAAUUAGUUGCAUUGUCACUUUGCUAGUGGCUGUUGGAUUUCUUUCACAACAGUUGCCAUUUCCUUUACUGCUUUCUGUGUUCACUACCGGUGGUGUUCCAAUGAUUAAGCCACUUUACUUUUAAAACAGGUCGUAUUAAAACAUAGAAGCAACUGUAAGUGGGAAGCCACUGUAUCUUCUAAUUUUAAAGUCUAGUGAAGUGUCUCCUAGCAUAGGAAUGACAAUGAAUUCUCAGCAUUAUACUUUGUAAGAAAGUAUUUUUUGUUGUCUUCAGAUGCUAGAAUAGGACAGUUUUCUAAGCAGUUAGAAGACGAUGCACUCCCAUUCAUAUCUACUGUAUGGUCAUCCUGUGUGUUCACUCAUCUUUGUAUUUCUUAGGUCUUUUUUUUUUUUUUUUUAUUGCCACUAGGUUUAUCACUGGGGCUCAGUGCUAGCAUUAUAAAUCCACUCCUGGCAGCCAUAUUUUCCUUUAUUUUUGAAAUUCCUGAUGUAUUUAAAAUUUGACAAGACAGAGAAAUUGAACCAUCACAGCUGCAGGUAGAGAGUGGGGACUCAACCCCCGAUCCUUGGCAUGGUGAUGUGUGCUGCCCCUGGGCCCCCCUAUUACUCAUGUCUUAAUGGUAUUUUUUAUCUAAAUUGUUUCCUGUCAUCAAGAAGUUAUAUGUACUGUUCAUAAAGCUAGAAUAGCUGUGUACAAAGUGGAUUAUUUGGAGUCAGCAAGAUAGCUUUCUUGGAAGAGAGCCUGAGCCUCACCCCAACUCAUGAAGCUUUGGAAUUGGAGAGCACCUUAGCUUCUUCAGGGGGUGGGUGGGGUCCCCUCAAACCUGGGCCAGAGCCCAAGCAAAGCAGGCACUCUCUCCAGAUAAGCUGCUUUGCCAGCUUUUUUUUUUUUUUUUCCCUUCAUGCCAGCACUACAAAUCCACUGCUCUUGGUGGCCAUUUUUUUCCAUUUUUAUUGGAUAGGAGGAGGAGAGAAAGAGGAAGAUAGACACCUGCAUAUCUACUUCACUUGUGAAGCACCCCCCCCCCCAAUAGGUUGGGAACUGUGUGCUUAACCAAGUGCCCCACUGCCCCAGCUGGAUUCUUGAAACAUUUACUAAGGGAAUACAGAGCUCUAAAGAAGCAAGUCAAAGUUUACAUCUCCAUAUUUUCACAUUUAACUAAAUCAUUUGUACAAAUUAUAAUUCCUCAGUACUUGUUAAGAUCAACAUAUAACAAAACUUUAUAUUAGAAUAUCUCGAUUAGUGAUACAGGGUAAGAAAAAAAAUUAUUUUCUAAAGACCAUGUAUCUUCUACUUAGCCUCCCCCUCCAUUAGGCACCAAAAGAAUGUAGAGGUCUGGUCUGUCUUGUGACCUUGGAUUUAAUACGAAAGCCUGGCUCAUUGUGACAGCGUAACAAAUAGAGCUGAUUAACUAGCAAUGUGCCUGUCACUCAGUAAUUCUCAUCACUUUCUGUGUUGUCUAUUUUUUACAGAGAAAGUGUACUGACUUGAUGCUGUCUAAUAAAUUCCUUUCUGUUUGCUCAAUUAAAGAGGAAGAUUAUUCACUUACAAUGCCACUGGGUAGCAACCAGAGAUAGUUCAACAGCUAUGGAAGCCAACAGCUGCCGAAACAGUGCCUCACAGGGCUCUGAUAAUGUUGCUUCCUUUUUGCCCUGUCAUUCAUGUCCUUAAGAACAGGCUCCAGCCUUGGAUCAAUAAAGUUGGUUACAUCUCUGA